UAUAACCCUAAAUCAAACUCCCCGUUAUCCACACAAAUUCACGCAUUGACAUUCAUUGCGAUCACAUACAUCAGUUGACUGCACGAUAUGUCUGGCGCGUUCAAGCAUCGGGUUUCUGUACCCGACCCGUCGCGGAGAGCGGGCAUGAAUCCUCAGCAGCUGCUCUCAGGUGGAGAAGUGCACGUGAUUAUUGGCCCCAUGUUCGCCGGCAAGACUACCGCCCUUCUCCGCCGUGUCAAAUAUGAGUCCAACAUCGGCAGAGAAGUUGUGAUGAUAAAGUCGAGCAAGGAUACGAGGUAUGCAGUUGAUGCGGUUGUCACACACGAUGGCGCUAAAUUCCCCUGCUGGGCAUUGCCAGAUCUCUCUUCAUUCAAGCAAGCUUUAGGGAUAGAAGCUUAUGAAAAGGUGGAUGUGAUUGGUAUUGAUGAAGCCCAGUUCUUUGGUGAUCUUUACGAUUUCUGCUGUGAGGCUGCUGACACUGAUGGGAAGACUGUGGUUGUUGCUGGCCUAGAUGGUGACUAUUUAAGGAGGAGUUUUGGCUCAGUUCUUGACAUAAUUCCAAUUGCUGACACUGUUACAAAGUUGACUGCCAGAUGUGAACUGUGUGGCAGAAAGGCAUUUUUCACCUAUAGGAAGACUGAAGAGAAAGAGACAGAGCUAAUUGGUGGUUGUGAUAUGUAUAUGCCUGUUUGUAGAGAGCAUUAUGUCAAUGGGAAUUCUGCCAUGCAAGCCACAAAGAAGAUUCAGGGUGACCUUAUUGCAGAGGCAGCUUCAUCAGUUGCUCAAUGAUAUUUCCAGCAUGUAUUGUACCUAGUUUACAAGUUUUAUUCUAUGAAAAUGCUCUAUCAAGUAUUUCCUAAUAUGUGUGAAGAUAAAUUAUGACAGAUUAUGUUUGUUGUACUCCAUAUAUCUUGAUUUUAUUGAAAGAAGAAAAGAAUGGAGUAUAAUUCUUGGUGUUCAA